AGUUCCUCGCGCGUCUUCCAGUCCUUCCGCGUCCUCCGAGUCUUCAGCGUCUUCGUGCUCAACCGCCCACCCCUGCCUCUGGCGCUUGCGCUUUCCGCUUUCCGCUGGAGCGCUUCGCUUUUCUGUCAGCCUUUAACACAGCCUUCCAGCCGCCCGCUCGCUUUCCGGGAACCAGAGCCUUCAUGGAGCUCCCAGCCAUGGCUUCAAACGACACUCUCUACAUCUCCACGGAAAGUUCGGAGUUCCUUACAGAUAUUGUGGAGCUGCACCAGAUCCAUGUGGAGAGCGCCCCAGUAGAGACUGUCCCUGUGGCGUCCAUCCCCAUGGAGACCAUCCCUGUGGAGACAAUACCCGUGGUGGAGGCCAUUCCUUUCGAGACCAUCCCUGUGGAGGCUAUGGCGAUGGAAACCAUCGCAGAGUACGAGAUUAUCAGCGGCAGUUGGGUCCACGGUGGCCACCACCAUCCACCUCUGAUCGCGCUGCAGCCACUCUUUACCAACAACCCGAACCAAGGGGACCACGACCAGGAUAUCAUCAUGGUGCAGACACAGGAGGAAGUGGUGGGCUACUACGAGUCAGACAACCUGCAGGCCCACAGCAGUUUCGAGGACCAGGUGGUCCUUCCGGUUGAUGAAGAUGAAUGCUUCCAGCAGACCCUGGCUUCCUUGUCUGCCUCCGCAUCCUCAUCAACCCGCAGCAAGAAGCGCAGCAGCCAAAGCAAGAAGGCCAGCUGUAAGAAAAAUUACACGACCAGUGAGCCGCGGGCGGGAAGUAGCAACUCCGAGAUGGGCGCCAAGAAAUGGGAGCAGAAGCAGGUGCAGAUCAAAACUCUGGAGGGUGAGUUCUCCGUCACCAUGUGGUCCCCGAGCGAGAAAAAAGACGAUGAGACAGGACAGAUAGAGAGCUCAGCUCCUGAUUAUUCAGAGUACAUGACCGGAAAGAAGCUUCCUCCCGAAGGAUUACCUGGUAUUGAUCUCUCAGAUCCUAAACAACUGGCAGAAUUUACUAGAAUGAAGCCAAAAAAAUCCAAAGAAGAUGCGCUAAGAACCAUAGCUUGCCCUCAUAAAGGCUGUGUGAAGAUGUUCAAGGAUAACUCUGCUAUGCGGAAACAUCUGCACACUCACGGUCCUCGAGUCCACGUAUGUGCAGAAUGUGGCAAAGCUUUUGUCGAGAGCUCAAAACUAAAACGACAUCAACUGGUGCAUACUGGAGAGAAGCCCUUCCAGUGCACAUUUGAAGGCUGUGGAAAACGCUUUUCCCUGGAUUUCAAUUUGCGUACACAUGUGCGAAUCCAUACCGGAGACAGGCCCUACGUGUGCCCGUUUGAUGGCUGUAGUAAGAAGUUCGCUCAGUCAACUAACCUGAAAUCUCAUAUCUUAACACAUGCGAGGAACAAAAACAGCCAGUAAAAAGAGAAGAUCCUUUCUAAACUUGGGAGGUGUCUUCUAGGAGUGUGAUUGCAAAUAAAUAUGCCUCUCUUGUGUAUUGCUUCUAGGAAAUAAUUUUUUUAAUGAUUCCUACACAUCUAAGGGUCAUGUUUUAGUAGACUAGUAAAAGUGAAAGUAAAAUUUUUAAAAAAGUAUUCUUUUAUAUAAAAUACAUGGUUAAGAUGUUAUAUCUUGUUCUGUAAUGCUAUUUGAAAUACAUGGUAGUUUUGUAAAAUUUGGUCCCAAUAGGAGGAUAAUUUGUGAACGUCAUAUCAAAAGACAGUUCAUUACACAGCUCUUCUAAAAAUGGAACUUCUUUUCAGGGUUUUUUAAAAUAUGAAGCUCAUGUAUUGCUUGCAAGUUUUUAAAAUUCUGUAGUUUCCAAAUGUUCAUAUUUAUACUUUUAGGAAUAUGUUUGGUAAUACUUUGUAUGUUUUUUUCUGAAGAUUGAUAAUGUUUUGCAUGCAUAACAAUGAACAAUUACAUACGUAUAUAGUUUCCUGUUUAAAAAAAAAACGUAGGUUUUGUUUGCUAUCUUAAUUUUGGUUGUAUUCUUUGAUGUUAACACAAAGCUAACUUUUAACUGCACUGUUUUCCUUGGUCUUGAAUUAGAUGUGACUUAAAAGUAUUGGUCAAUUUAAAUCUAUUUUAGUCAUUUUAUUUCCCCAAAAUACUGCUGGGUGCUGCUGUUUAGUAUAAUUUCUUUGCAUGUUCAAUUAGAGAGUGGUGCUCAGUUGUAGAAUAUAUUGUAUAUAUAUUGACUUUUUAACACUUGAUGUGUAUAUCUUGUGUAAUAGAAAAAGCAAAAAUAAAAUACCUCUUCUGAAGAAGGAAAAAAAAAAGUGCCUAUAUAAAUACCAUAGCUAGAAAACAGAGAAAAUGGGGAGGGUGCUACUGUUAUUGGGUGGGUGGAGGCUAGGGAUGUUGGUAAACAUCCUGAGGUGCACAAGAUAGUUCCCCACAUCAUAGAAUGAUGUGGCCUAAAAUGCCACUGGUGUCACUGUCAAAAAACUCUGCUCUAGAAAAAGUAAAAGUUGUAACAAAGAUUCCUUUGGUAUACUUACAAACAAAU